GCACUACACCACAAGUCAAUACAAUUUAUUUUAAAACAGAACAGGAGGAUUUCAAACAAUGUGUUCACGAAUAUAUCCUAAAGUAUGGAGCGAAUUUGAAAGACAGGCAGACGACGGGCGUAUAUUGAAUUUUUCAAUAGAAGAUGUACCAGAAGACACAUGGAGUUCUGCCGUGGAGUUUAUGCUGGGAAGUUAUAUUAAGGAGGACGUUUGGUGGAAGACAGCGGGCACGGCGGAAGACCCGGAGGCGAUACAAGAAUACCGGGUGCUCCUGACGUCGAUCAUUGAGCAGAAAAUGAGUUUAGCUUGCUUUCUCACGGCACCAGAGGGAGCGGGGCGCACUCUCGUCGGGGUGAACAUGUGUAUGCCGCAGGAGAAAGAUCGCUUCGUUGAACACGUUCCGCCGAAAUCCAAAGCUGGCAUUAUGUCACUCCGAAUGUUCUCCGAAGCGACAAAGUUUACUGUCAUAUACGACAAGUAUGACGUAAACGCUUACCUUAUGGGAGCUGGUCUUUCAGUUACACCGGAAUAUAGAGGUCUGGGUAUCGCCGUUGAAUUACUAAAAGCCAGGAAAGCUCUAGCCAAGGAGCUCGGUUUCAAUGUAACCGGAGGUAUAUUUACUAGUGAUUCUGCUCAAAAAUCCGCUGAAAAAGCCGAUAUGGAAUGCCUUUUCAAGAUUUCCUACAAACAAUUCGGUGAGAAAUGCGACAUUGAAUUCGACUCCGAUACUGAAGAUCUGAAAAUAUUUGGGGCAAAAGUUGAAUAAUGCAGUACCCCGGAAAUACACUUGAUCACUAUAUACUUUAUAUAAUCUAAAUAAGAAUAAUAGAAAUAUAUAACGGAAAUAAUACGAUAAACAUGUUACAAUUAGGUACUAAUCAUUCUAUAUACAAUAUUUUAUU